UAACAGCUGACAAGCCACGCUGCUCCUGCACAUGGUGCUACAGGAAGAGCUGGGGGCACAACUGCUGUGUGUGACUGGAGCCAUCAGGAGCUAUGGGGGGACAGAGGAAGAACAGGAGGAGGAGAGGAAGGACUGGAGCAGAUGACAUCACUGGUUUAUCCCCUCAAGAUCGGAUGAAAAUUAGGAUGCAGAACAAGGCCAAGAAGAAAACUGCCGACAAAUACUCAAUCCAUCAGCUGUUAGAGAAGACUGAAGAGUAUUUGGACAAUUUUAAUUUUGAGAUGGCCCAGCUAUUCUGCCAGAGAGCCCUGGACCUGGAGCCCGACAACCUUGAGAUCCUGGAUAUGAUGGGAAACAUCUGUAUGGAACUGGGGAAUGGCGAAAAAGCUAAAGAAAUCUUCUUAAAAGCUGUACAUCUUAGUCCUGACAAGGGACACGCCAAGUACAUGUGUCUUGGGCAGAUUCACUGCAAGGAGGAAGCCUUACAAUACUUUCAGAAGGGAUUAGAAGUAUUGAUCAGCGCUUACCAAAGUCAUCCAAAAGUGUCAGGGGCCGCCAACUUUUCUGAUGAAAUGGAGGCGACUACAAAGGAUAUCUCCACAGCUUUCUGCUCUGUCGCGGAGAUUUAUCUCACUGAUCUUUGCAUGGAAGAAGAAGCAGGUGACAAAUGUAAAGAGGCCAUAACAAAAGCUUUAGAGUAUGAGCCGAGCAGCCCCGAAGCCCUGCAGCUGAUGGCGAGCUACCUCUUCAGCAUGGAGCAGCCGCAGGAAGGCAAAGAGUAUCUGAUGAAGAGCCUGGCAUCAUGGCUUCCAAGCUUGCAAAAAGAUAAGGAUGAAGUUCAGGAGGCUCAUGACUUGGUAGAGUCCCCCUUGCCUCCAUAUGAGUCUCGAAUCACGGCUGCCAAGUUACUUAUAGAAGCUGAAGUCUUUGAGUUGGCUACAGAGGUCUUGGAAGGUCUUCUGGAGGAAGAUGAUGAAGUGAUCCAGGUUUGGUAUCUUCUGGGAUGGGUCUGUUAUCUGCAAGCCAAGGAGUCUGAGGAGGAGGAGGCGUUCAAGGACUCUGCCAGGACGUAUCUAAGGAAAGCCAAAAAGCUCUACGGCAAGCUGCGAUGUGAUGAUUCUGCACUCCUGGAGCACGUGGAGCAGAUCCUGGGCGACCUGGGGGGAGAGGAGGCGGCGGCGGGAGACUCCGAUGGUGAAGAUGCUCCUCUGGAGAACAUUGAAGAUGAUUUUGUGCCGAGCAGUGAGGAUGAAGCCAUGGAGGCCUGAAAUCGAUAUUAUAUAAUUUUUUUUUAUGUAAAUCCAUAUCAAUAAAAAUAAAUAUUUAAAAAAAAAAUGGGGGAGUGUGGUUCCUCUCUCUCGAAGUGGUCAAUACUUAUCAUGGUCAAUACUUAUCAGAAUUCCUCCUAUAUUGUCUAUAGGAGGUCCAACGUGGUCACCCGAUACGUUAUAGAAAACGUUCAACUCUGUUCACAUUGACAUCAUGGCUUCCGUUUUUUCAUGGGGUCCAUCAUUAUCUCCCAUUGACUUAUAAUUGGGCCAACAAUUAUAUAAGGAGAGAUAUCCAGUAGGGUGGUUCGUUUUUUGACUUUUUUUUUCUCUGAUCAAAUCCUAUUGCCCGGCAAAAAUUGCUCACCCAUAAAGGCAACUCACGUGCAAAAUUUGGGUCUGAUUGGAAAAUAUCUUCUGUCUCCACUAUGAGCUUUAUGUUUUUACACGGGAAAUGCGCCUUGAAUUGUGCGGAGAAUGGUUCUUAUACCACUCCUCGGCCACUUGAUCAUGUAGCCCACCAUGUGGAGGUGCCGACAUAUAGCUGCUUCAAAGCCGUACCCAACCAACAAUAUGUAGAGCUUGUGCGACCUUAUCCGAGUUGUCUUCAGCAGAAAAGUUUGUAAAAAAUUGACCUUUAGGGUCAAAUUUGGGCAAGGUCUGACUGUACAUUUCCUGACAUGGACAGAGGUGUCAGCAGAGAGCCCUGUGGUCAGACUGGAAAGAACUACAAAACUUCCUCUGGAGCAUACAGCAGCUGAGAAGUACUGGGAGGAUUAAGAUUUUUAAAUAGAAGUAAAUAAAAAUUUUCUGGAAUGUACAAAACAACCUGAUAAAAGGGCAUUCAGGCAAAACCAGUAAACCCCUACGUUCUUUGCCUCACAGAGGUUAUCCUGUAGGAGAUAGGAGUAGGAGAACAUAGCCGCUUUGUUCCAAAAACAGCACCACCCCUGUCCUCCUGUUUUUGUGUGGUAUUACAACUCGACCACUUGAUAAUGUAGUGUUUCAAGUGACCCAGAGCCCACCAUGUGGAGUGCUUACAUAUAGGGCUGCUUUAAUACCGUACCCAACCAACUAACAAUGUGUAGAGCUUGUGCGACCUUAUCAGAGUUGUCUUCAGCAGGAAAGAUGGUAACAAAAUUACCUUUAUGGUUAAAUUCGGACUGGAUAAGAGAAUAGAUAGAAUGACGUGCCUCUUGACCACACCUCAAGGUUUCCCAGUCCUCUCCACUUUUUGGUAUGGGAUUUAGUGACAGACCACCUCGGCACUGUGUUAUCAGCUUGUCUAUGAGUUUAUUAAAAAUUGUCAUAACAGAGAGGGACUAUGAUGGUGGCAUCUGGAUUAUCCCAGGGAAUCCUUUAACUAUAACCCUUAGCUUCUACAUUGAGAGGAGGCCCAAUUCAAGGCACAUUUCCCACGUAUUAUAUCAAGCUCUAAGUGGAGACAGGAGAUAUUGUCUGAUUGGAACCACUUUUUGCACAAGAGUUGGGAAAAAGUGGGAAAAAACAGCCACCCUUACAUCCAGAACUUCGUUCUAUUUUGGAUCAUUUUAAAAUUAAGGGGUACUCCACCGCAAAACAUCUUAUCCCCUAUCCAAAGGAUAGGGGAUAAGAUGUCUGAUCACAGGGGUCACUCUGCUGGGGACCCACACGAUCUCUGGACCAGCGUCUGGAACACAGAAGCUACUACGUAGCUGUCACGCCUCCUCCCAUAGACAUGAAUGGAGGGAUGUGGUGGCUGUGGUGACCAGUCAUCCGGCACGGAGCAGAGUUUAUCCAGUGCCAGGGUGCCACAGCGGAGAUGGCGGUGGUCCCCAGUGGCAGGACCCCCGCGAUUAGACAUCUUAUCCCCUAUCCUUUUGAUAAGGGAUAAGAUGUUUUCCGGCAGAGUAACUCCUUUAAGUUUACAUAGUCAGAAAAAACAACAAUGCUGGUCUAAAGCAUGUCGACUAAUGUCUUAACCCCUUAAGGACCCAGGGCGUAUGGGCACGCCCUGGCUCCUUGGUAGUUAAGGACCCAGGGCGUACCUGUACGCCCAGGGGGAAUUCCAGUCCCCUCCGCGUGCCAGGCGGGGUCCGGGAUGCCUGCUGAAAUCAUUCAGAAGGCAUCCCAUGCAAAUGCCCAGGGGGGUCCUGAGAACCCCCCCAUGUCGGUGAAUUCACACCAGCGAUCUGCGGCGAUUCCGGUCAUACGGGUCACGUGUGACCCGAUGACCCAGAGAUACAUGGUGAUCAGGGGUGUAUAUGAAUACACCCCCAAUCACCUCCUGUAUGUAUAGGGA